AUGGGAUGCUGCAAUGGGAGAACUGGAGGCUCUGAGUUGUCCCCAACAAAAGAACUUCCUGAAGAAGAAAUUAUAAUCAACCAGCAUGAAAAUGAAGGUCCUUUUUCCAACAAAUCUGCUAAAGCUCUUUCAAAUGAAUUUUUGCUAAAAGGAAAAUCAGGAAAACUGACCUUUACACAGCUAGAACUUGCCUGCAAGAAUAUUGGCAUUCAAGUAGACUUAUUAGCAAGCCCAGAAUCUCCAUUCCACUAUUUUUCCAAUGUCCUUCAAGAUGAAGAUGGAAAUUUUUUCACUAAAAAACUUUAUUUAUCUUCAGCUCUCAUGGGACAAGGCAGUUUGAGUGAAAAAAUUAAAUUACUCUCAAAAUACUUUGAAAUAGAUGGGGAAAGCUCUAUAAAUGAAAAUAAUACCCGUAAACUGAUUGAAGAUUUGAUUGAAGUCGCUGUUGUUGUAUCUCCCUAUCUAGCUGAAGGUGAAGGAAAAUUGACUGAAAGCGAAAUAAAAAAAUAUGCCCAAGAAUUGUAUAAAAGUAAGCCAGUUUUGGUUAAAAGGCUCGCAUCAAAAAUAAUGGGAUCAGAAAAAAAUAUAAAUUCUUCUCAGUUUAUUCAAAAAUUCUACAAAGAAGAUGAACUACAACAGUUAUUGAUAACUGCAGGAAUCAGAUCAAUGCUACGAGAAGAAAACAUAAAAAUAGUUUCCGUAAAAGAUGAAUCUAAAAAUGCCUUUGAUAGAAAAAAUGUAUAUGAGCCAUAUACAACUAAAGGUAAUCCGAAUAUUGAAAACUCCACUCAAGACUCAAAUAGAAAAAAAGCUAAAAAUGAUAUUAGGCCAAGUGAGCUAAGUCUGAGUACAAAAAGCUCUCAUUUUAACCAAGAAAGCGAAAUUAUUGAAGAAAAAAAAUCUACUGAUGACAUUGAAUUUAAAAAAUCUGCACAUUUGGAGAAAUCAGAAAGGGAAAGUAAUGCUAAUGUUAUUAAUAGUGCACGUGAUAGCAUAGGAGGACGGCCUUCUCAGACAGAAAGUGAGGUCAGUGAUGUCUUACAAAAUGACGUGAAGAUUGUGGACCUUAAAUUAGAGCCUAUUUUUGACAGCGUAGAAGAAGAAAAUAGCAAUGGAAGCAGAAAAUCUGAAGAAGAAUGAAAAGCACAUGCAGUUUCCUUGAAGAUAAAAUCGCCAGAUUUGAUAGAAAAGCAAAAUGUACAGAAAGGUUCUAAAGCUGCUCCAAUAGAGGAAUCUGAAAACCCUAUUAGCACUGAAAUCAAUACAAAUUUAGAAUCAUUAAAAAAUAUAGAAAAAAAUACAGAUUAUGAAUCCAUCAAAGGAUUUUCUAGUCCAGCACAAAUUGAACCCUUAGACUCCAAAGAUCUUAAAAUCGAAAUCCACACAGACUCACCAAUCCAAACUACACCCCAAAACUUCGAAUCUCAUCCUGAAGAAGACAAAGAAAGAGUCUCAACAUAUCCUUACCAAUACUUCGCUCCUUCCCAAAACGAAGAAAGUUCUUCAGACAGCGAAGAAUCUAAAUCAGACCACGAGCUUCCCAAAAACGUCCAAGAAAUAGUAGAAUUCGACGAAAGUGACGAAAGCGACAAAAGCUCUGACGAAGAAAAACCAGUCGUCAUACAAAUUAACCUCGGCCCAGGUAAAACAGAAAAAUUCGAAAUCAGGCCAGGCGAUGACCCUGUGCAGAUGGCUCAUGAUUUUGCGAACUCCCAUAAGUUCAGCCAAAAAGAAAAGCUGAAAUUGAUAAAGACGAUGACAGACUUGAAGUCUAAAUUAAACUAUUAA